UUUUGGUAUCAGCACGUAGAGUGAGUAAGCGCGUCAAGCUUGCCUCAAGUCUCCACACUUUCUCUCAACUCAGACUUUUUUUGGUACAAACAUUUAUUGUCGAGAAUAUGGAAACCUCUGUUCUUUUUCCCGGAGAGGCAGAAGGAUAUGUCCAAAAUCUGGAAACAUUCUCACUCAGGGACAUUGGCUCUCCAAGGUGGUUCAGACAACAUGAGUACAUAGAGAAACUCAACAUGCAGGCGAUAUUGAACGCUUCAUCCACAGCCACUCAGGACGAGUUCGUCAAGGAGCUCCUUGUGUCACUGGGAAAGAUUCCCACCCUGGUCCAUGAGAUGAUUCUGGUGGAGCUUUGGAAACAGAAGGUGUUUCCUAUUUUCUGUCAACUCCAAGACUUCAAUCCGAAGAGCACCUUUCCUCUGUACAUGGUGAUUCACCAUGAGGCUACAAUCAUCAACCUACUUGAGACAAUUAUGUUUCACAAGGACUCCUGUGAGGCAGCAGACGACUCAGUCCUGGACCUGGUGGACUACUGCCACCGCAAACUAGCCCUUCUGGCCAGCAGAGCAUCCAGGGAUGACACCCCAACAAAAGACCGACUCAGUCACACAGAGAGUGGAGACUCAUCCUCUAUACAGGAUUUGCAGGGUCAGAAUGCGGCAUUAGAGUUUGAAAUUUCCCUCAAGGCUCUGUCUGUCCUGCGCUACAUCACUGACCAUACUGACAGUAUCAGUGUGAUCAAUAGGAUGCUGUGCACCCAUAACCUGCCCUGUGUGCUGGUACAGCUGGUACAGCACAGCCCCUGGAGUCGCUAUUCUGCAGGCGUGAUGGAGAAGUACAUGAAUGGAAAAUGGCAGAAAGUUCCAUCUGAAGACCGUCUAAAGAUGACUAAAUUGGAUGGCCAAGUCUGGAUUGCUCUGUACAACCUGGUGCUGAAGGAAGACUGCCAAAGGAAAUAUGACUUCAAUAACUUCAACAAGAACCAGCUCUUAAAGUUACGAGGUUUCCUGACGGAGGUGUUAGUUGACCAGCUGCCCAACCUGGUAGAGCUCCAGCGCUUCCUCAGUCACCUCACUGUCACAGACCCUGCCCCUCCAAAGAAAGACCUCAUCUUGGAACAGAUUCCAGAGAUGUGGAACAACAUUAUGCGGGACAAUACAGGGAAGUGGAAGGCCAUUGCCAAGUACCAAGUGAAGGAAACGUUCAACCCCUCAGAGAAGGACCUGAGACAGCAAGCACUCAGACUGGCCCAGACCUAUAACCUGGAUGUGAUGGAGAGUUUGAUCCCUGAGAAGCCCAAGUGUGGAGCCUGUGGGGCCGAGGCUUCUAAGAGAUGCUCCCGCUGCCAGGGAGAAUGGUACUGCCAGAGGGAAUGCCAGGUGAAGCAUUGGUCCAAACACAAGGUUGCCUGCCAGCUGAUGGCCGAAGGCACAGAGAAGCUCCAGAAGGACCUGGCCGUAACGCCUACAGAGAGAGAGGCAGACAUAACUGACAUAUUGGACUGAGUGAUGGGAGAGAGAAGGGGCUAAGUCAAUGGACAGUUCUCUACCUAAAUGCCAUUUGGGAUGGGAUUCGAAUGCAGUUGGUUUUGGACUGUUUAAUGUAAACAUUUUGAGGUUUGUCUCGAUUCAAUUCCAACUUCUAGAUUUUAUGAAUUACAAUGAUAAUCUAACUCGUGAUUAGAAGGGUUCAUUUAAGUAAUGAACUGCUAAGCCUUUGCUAUCCCUUUGAUCUCAGACCUGAUACUGAGUGGAACUCACAGGUUGAAUUUGGGAGGUGGCAGAACUCAAGACUUUUAAUAAUCAGCUCUCCUCUGUUGUUGCUUUUUUGGGCUUUUUUUUAAUGCUUUCUAUGCUUCUGUUAUAUAUAUUGAGAGAAACAAUGUGUAAGUACAAGAAUAGCCUAUGUUUUCGGCUACAGGUGUUUUGACUCAUCAUCUUGGUCAGUGAUCCUGGGAUCAGAAUCUGCCUGUUGUUCGGGUAACAGCAAGGUAUCAAUUUCACGGGGUUGUAUUUCAAAGUAACUGUAUCCACUUGAUUGUUUAGACUUUGCACACCACUUUUAAAAAGGUGUGCCUGUCAUGUCUUUAACUCACACCACGUUGUUCACGAUGUUCACAAACCGUUAAUUGCAUAAGCCGUCAAUGGAUGAUUACGCAGAUUAUUAUCCCGUAAGGUCGUUUUUAUUUGAAUGUCACUGGGGUGGGGAUUUCACACACCCCUCACUCCUGCUCUACUGUCCAAGACUCAGAAGCACCCCCUAUGUGAAAGAAUUCCGCAUGUCAAGAACAGUAGGCUGCUCUUCACUUCCUUUUCUUUCUGUUAUUAAAUUGUUAUUGCUGCAUCAUAUGUUGGAGUGUCAGAAUUGGGUGACGGGACGGUUACAAAGUAAACAUGCUGCUGAAAAGUCGUGUUUUUCGGAAGAGUGGUAUUUCCGUUAUGUAGCCGAUGACACAUUGUUUCCAGAUGCGAAGCUGUACACCUCCGCUCCGUUAUUCGUAAUAACUUCUAUGGAAAUGUUGUAAAAUAGAAGAACGUUGGAGAUGAAGCAUCGGCUGCUGCAGGGGUGGAUCCCUGUUUUGGUAAGUUGUUAUACUUAAAUAACAUAUAGCACUUUUUUUAUCGAAUUAUUAUUAUUAACAUAAACUAAACCAGUCAUAAUUAUGAAAUAGGCUCGAGUCGGUGCAAUUCUCGUGCUUCUAUGUUAACUCGCAUCAUCAAUCAUUCUUGCAUGCUCAACAACCUGCCUGCAGUUUACAAUUAUUAUCACGACAUGUUUAAAGCCUUGAAUGUUGGUGACCUAUUCCAGUCAUAGACUUUAAAACCAUGUAAUUUUACAUUUGAUGGGAUGAAAGUUUACUUUUAAUUGCCUUGGAGAUAGUAAAUGGCAAAGGGGCUCCUUCAACAAACAAAAAAACGUCCCGUUUAGAAAAUGAAUGAAACAAAUAUAUUCUGAAGCACAGAUUGGUUUAAUAAACUCAAAGUUCUAUUUUUA